AUGGUUCUCCGUCGAACCUUGCGUACACCCAUUGCGGCACAGUCGAGCACCAACCUCAGUGCACUCUGGGAAUUUACCAAUCUCUGGCGGGUUUACCACACACUGCGUGGCGAUAUCCACCUAGUAAACCUGCGCACGCAUCGAAAGCAUGGCCCUGUGGUCAGAACAGGGCCCAAUAAUCUGGACCUCGAUGUGCCCAGCUUGGUCAAGACCAUCUACACUACAGACCACAAGUGGCUGAAAACGGAAUUUUACAACCCAGCGAGCAACAUCGUCAACAGAGAACCUGUACCCAAUCUCUUUAGUCUCAUCGACCCGGCCGAACAUGCAAGGCAAAAGAAGCCUGUCGCCAAGCAGUAUUCGAUGACAAGUGUGCUUCAGCUGGAGCCACACUUUGAUGAAGCCAUUCGACUGCUGUGCUGUCAGCUUGAAGGGCGUUUUAUGCACGAGUGGGUCCACGAUUGCUGUGAAUUUGGUUCCGAAUUCGACUUGGGUCAAUGGAUCAAGAUGUACGCAUGGGACGUCAUUGGCCAGAUCACUUUCAGCAAACGCUUUGGAUACCUCGAAGCAGGCAAAGACUUCGAUGGGCAUCUAUGGUUAUCCGAGAUGGGGUCUGACUACCUUGCCAGCGUUAGCCAGUUGCCCAUUCUUGAUCGCUGGAUCGACAAGAACCCUAUCAUACCAAUCGGCGGUGCAACAGUGCUACUGGGACCGACGCUGCAAUACGUGAAAGAUCGAUUUCAGGGUCGAGACAAAGCCACCCACGAUGAAAGCAAGCCUGACUUUCUGGACAAGUUCAUUCAGGCGAGGUCUGAGAAUCCUGACGUUGUCGACGGCAGGCAGAUUGUCAGCUACCUUGCCAUCAACAUGCUUGCUGGGGCUGAUACGACCGCCAUUACCAUCAAGGCGGUGCUUUAUUACGUACUCCGUACGCCGGGUGUGCGGGCGAAAUUAGAGGCCGAGAUUCUGGCCACGGAGUUCUCAAAGCAGCACAAUGUACCACCGCCAUAUUCCGAGGUCAAGUCGCUUCCGUACCUCGCAGCCAUCAUUCGCGAAGCAAUGCGGCUGCAUCCUGGGGUGGCUAUGACUCUCCCGCGUUAUGUCCCUGCAGAAGCCCAGGGCAGCCAACUCGUGCUGCCUGAUGGGUCGACUGUUCCGCCAGGUAUCAGCGUUGGGAUGAACCCAUUCGUACUAGGUCGCAACAAACAGACUUGGGGAGUUGACUCUGAUGAGUUCCGACCUGAGAGGUGGCUUCGAGACGAAGGCGCUGAUGAGACGAAGGAGGGUUUUGCUGAGAGACUGCGGGGCAUGGAAAAUGCCGAUUUCACGUUUAGCGCAGGCUCGCGUGCAUGUAUCGGGAGGCACCUCGCCUUAGUCGAAGUAUACAAGGUCGUUGCUACACUCUUCGCCUCAUACGAGAUUCAGAUUAUGAAGCCGGAGAUCGAGUGGUGGGUACGGAACGGCUUCUUCCUCCGGCAGCAGGGACCUCGACGAUAG